CAUGAACUAUACCACUGUGUUCGUCGGAUCGGCAACGCGAGGCUGAGCUCUCUAAGAUGCAGCAGCCACAAGGCAGUUACCCGCCACAGUCAGGGGGGUAUCAACAGGGAGGGGCACCUCAAGGAUAUCCACAGCCCCAGGGGCAAGGUGGUGGAUAUCCACAACCCCAGGGGCAAGGUGGUGGAUAUCCUCAGCCCCAGGGGCAAAGCGGUGGAAUAAACACUUCAGCAACACAGCCCCCAGCAGCAGCCACUGCCCCACCAUCGGACAAUAUGGAUGCUAUUGCUGGUUAUGGCAAUUUUGGUGCCCCGCUGGCCCCUCCUUCCUAUGAUCAAAGUAUGAUGGAACCACCACAGCGUUCGGAUUUGCCCAAUAUGCCCACCGUGACAGUGGAACAGGCAAGGGAGGCCCUGCUUAGUCAUGUGGCUGAGAAUUGCUGUUAUGGUAAAAAGGCUGCUCAAGAAAUGGUCUUCAAUGAUAUCAGUCAUUCAAGUGCCUUCCAUUACAAGUUGGAAACUUUCACAGAAAAGCGGACAACUGCAUGGGCUUCAGAACCUUUCAAAGGGCAAAUGGUUGAUGGGCCCGCCAAUGGACCUGCACCUGGGCCAUGGGAUAUGCAGUGCAACCCCCCUGCUAAAUUCAAGAACCACAAAACUGCUGUAGAAGUGCCUCAUACUGCAUCUGUCAAGCCUUGCCAUGACUGCGUGGGUAUUGGACGCAAACGUUGCCAUUCAUGCCAUGGAGAUGGUAAUAUUCAUUGUCAUCACUGUAAUGGUAGUGGUCAUGUUCAUAGUCCUCUCUUGCAUGAUGAUGACCACCAUGGACAUCAUCACCAUGACAACCAUGUUGAGUGCACCUGGUGCCAUGGAACUGGACAUCAGAAAUGUAAAACAUGUCAUGGCCAUGGACAAGUGACUUGUGGCAGUUGUGCUGGAGCUGGAAACCUGAAAGUUUUCAUCAAGCUCACCAUUGAGUGGUUCAACCAUUUGAGUGAUAGUAUUGUGGAGAGAACCUCUCUGCCUGAUGAGCUGAUCCGAGGUGUCACAGGAGAAGUUGCUUUCACUGAGGAACAACCAAGGGUCUGGCCAAUUAAUCAUUUUCCUGAUCAAACCAUCAACCAAGCAUCCAAACAGUUGGUUCAGCAGCAUACAACUGGAUUUCCACUGGAGCGCAUUAUUUCACAGCGCCACAGUGUGCGUGUCAUUCCUGUAGCUCAAGCUAUGUACAAGUGGAAAGAGACCCAAGGAAACUUCUUUGUCUAUGGCUUUGAGCACAAAGUGCAUGCACCAGACUAUCCACAGCAGUGCUGUUGUGGAUGUACCAUCAUAUAAACCUACCAAGGAGUGGUCAUGAUUAACACACUAUAACUAGAAUGAUUUGUGCAUCAUGAUCAUUUAAUAUCCAGAGUCGUUCAACUUACUAAAAAAAAUGAACCAAAGGAUUCAGUGUACUUAAGUUAUAUCAUUUAACUGGUUUGGGACCAUUUGAUUGUAGCAGUGCACUCCUUCAAACACUAUGUAAAAUGUAUUGUAAAAUUGAAAUCAUUAUGUUGCCUGACUCAAAACAACCUGCAUCAGCCCAAGUCAAAAUUGGAAGCAAAUUAAUUGUUGAUGGACUGGACAUUGUACUGUAAUAAAUAAAAAUCAUGUCCAUCUUGAUGUAAAGCCUGUGAUGCAAAAACAUGUGUACCUGAUGCAUCUAAAAUGCAUGUAUUGUAAUUAGUUAUUCAUGAACCAUAGAAAGUAUAGUAUAACUAUGGAACCCUGAGAAUGAUAAGGGUAUGUUAUACAUAUUGGCGUUCUGGGCUAUUUUGGAGGUAAUCAACUCUUUUGUUUGUACUCUGCUAUUAGUAUGUGUAGUGUAGGUUGUCGUAUUCAUUUAAAGAAUCAGGAAGUGGUUGUAAUCCAUCAUAGUCAAUAUAUUUGGUAUUUAAGAAUGUAUUUUUAAUAUUCUUUAAUAUUUUUUAGGCCUUUUUGUGAUUGUCAACGUUGCAAAAAAAUUUCAUUAAGGCAAAGAUUUUCAUCUGAUGGAACGUUAGAAAGAUAUGCAUUCUUCAUUAAAAAAGCAUUCCUUAUUGGCCUCAAUCACAAAAAUGUAACUUCAUAGUUUUUGUUAAAUACCAAGUAGUUUCAUGAUAAUUACGUUUUAAUAUUAGACAUCAGUUGGAUACUUAGGACUUUAGGAGUUGUUUCAUAAAAUUAUUUGUCUUCAAAAUGGUAGACAAUUUCCAAGGAUCUCAUUUUAUUAGGAAAAGUUUGCUUGGGAGAUUUUGAAAAACAUAAUUUAAAUACUUAAACAAUGAAAAGAAGUAGGCCCUCGCAGCAUGUUUUGAAAGCCUACCCAAAGCUGUAUUUUUACAUAAAUGUGUGACUGUAUAAAUGUAGUUUUAGUUUGCUGAUUGUUUUGAGUGUUUGAGCGGAAACCAGUGGCUACAGAUCAAGAUCAGAGUGGUUGAUAAGUUUUCUUAACGGUCUAAUUGGUAUGUCUUCUCCAAAGGGCUAAGGGUGCAUAUAGUCAGUGUUGAGUACUUUUUUUUAGAGUACUCGUACUCGUACUCAAAUGUCAAAGUACUUGUACUCGAAAUGACGGUACUCGUACUCGGGCAGCAAAGUACUCGUACUCGACAUGUCAAAAUUGUACUCUGUCAUUAAAGUAUUCGUACUCGAAUAGCAGUGCUCAGAAAACAAGAUGUAUCUUGACUUACCACAGCCAUAUUUUAUCGAUACUUUUAGUUUGAAAUGAUUAAUUGGCUUGCAGAGAAAUGGAACUUUCCUGAUUUAUCUUUCUGCACGUCCAGACAAGCACAUUUAACAGCUACAUGUAGCUGUGAGUGGGUCUGUAUAUUGGUCUUACUGGGGCUGGUGGGCCAAUUAUACGCACAAUACUCAGUACUCUGAAAAAAGUGCUUGACUACAACACUGCAUAUAGUUUGUCUUUGUGAAGGACAAAGGUAGUCUCUUCAAUGAUCUGUAGAUAAUCCAUUUCAUCCUCACUUUCACCAUAGAAUUUCCAACUCUCUGAUCACCUCAAAGGGAUAGUUCUACUUUAACCCACAAGACACUGUCAAUAUUUGUUGAGGCCAAAUGCAAAUCAAAACAUGUCUAUCCCAAAAAGAAAAACAGCAAAGAAAAAAGAAACAUAAAAAUGAAUGUGCAGAUGGCAGGGAGCAAUUUUCUUUUAUUUGCUCAUAUUCGACUUCAGAUCUUCUUGGCUGGAUAAUAAAUUUUUGUCUUUCCAAGUAUUUGAAGUUGAAAUUCAUUCCCUUGUCCUUGCCUGUGAAAAUAAACAACACACAUGCAGGCGCCAUUAUUUUCUAAUUUCAAGAAACUGGGAAAAAGUAGUGCACUGUAUCAGUUGUAAAUUGAAACUAGAGGUCUAUGUCUGUUUCCAACAGAACAUAGGCUUUUCCGCAUUAUGGUUUUUUUUAAAUUGAGGUCAAAUUUUUCUGUUUUGUGCAAAACUGUGUGCAUUUACCUUUUGUCUAACAAACCUAAUUCAAAAAGAAUUUUGAUUUUGGAAUAUUGCGUUUGUGAGAUACGGCAAGUCUCCAAAAUUAAAAAAUAUAUAUAUAUAUAAUCACAAGAUGACGUCAUGAUGACGUCUCCUCAAUAUUUGUUUGUAACACAUCCCGGCCUACCCCAAAACCAAGUUUCAACCCAAUCUGACUUACUGUUCAUGUGAUAUAGGCAUGACGAAAAUGGCCCUCUUAAGAAAGUGGCUGGUUUCAGUAAACAAAUUCUGAUCCCUGCUCCACUGUCCCACAUAAAUCACUUGAAGGUUAAUUGAACUACCACCUGUUAUUAGCCACACUGCUUUCUGGAACUACAAGUUUGCAGUCGAGAGUCAGCACCAACGGUCACAAAAAAGAUCGUUCUAGGCCUUAUAUUCACCGAUUUUCACAGUUCAAAAUAUAAAACAAGUCAACAUUUCAGGUA